CGUUCCCGCCAUCAUCGCGCUGCGUCGUGUGCGGCUUCACUGUCAACAAGAGCAAGUGAAUGCCGGCGAAACUAUCUUUCGGCCCACAGAGGACCCUCCAAAUCCGACUGCGUGCUUCAGCAGUUCCAAGACGAGCGUGCGUUAUUCUCAGGUUUGUGUGACCGAAGGUCCUGGAUUAUUAAGUGCCCUACCCGGACUGUAAGCCAUGGCCACCACAGUGCCCAAACUCUCCAGUGGCAGCGCAGUCAAGAUCCGCUUUAAUAGCCUUGAACUCGGCACCUCCAAGUGGAAAGAGGGAACUUUUGAGAUCCUAGAGAAGGACAACAAGGUCAAUUUAAGUCUGCUGUUCAACCAUGGAACAGCCAAAAACAUCCAGCUCAACCAGAACGUGAAGAGUGUCAGUCAAAACCUGACCAGAAUCAGCGUGACCCUGAAAGACAACAGCAUAAUCACUCUGGAUAAGAUGUCUCCUAAUUUGUUGCAAAAAACAAAAGAGUGUCUGGAGAAGCUGAAGCAGGGAAAAACUUCUGUCUUAAAAUCCACCCACGGCAGCGCCAACUUCAGCAUGCUGAGCAAUCGCUCGGGGAAAAAUGAGACGGGUCAUUCAGGAGAGAAACAGAGCACUCCCCGACGACAGAGCACUGAGGGCCGGGAUGAUGCGACGCCACGGAAGCCUCUGGGAAGCCCAAGCCGGGCCACUUCUACUCCUUCUCGCGCUGGACUUUCUGAGAACAGGGGUGAGAAGAGGAAGAGGCUCCUCAACUCCGAAAGUGACUUAACUGAAGACUACCCGAAGGAAAAUGACUCCUCGAGCAACAAUAAAGCAACUUCUGAGCCUUCCAGGAAGUUUCUGCUGAGCUGCAAAGAGAAGCUGAAGCAGGCAGAGGAGAACAGGAGUUCAGCUCCCCUGGGCUCCAGUCCCCUUCAGCCCAGUUCCUUCUACGGUCGCUCCGUAACCAAAGACUAUGGCCAGAGCCACUCCAUUUUUGAGCGUGACUCCAGGCCGUCCAGCACCUCACAAGUGAGCUCUGCAAAGAGAAGCCUUCUGCAGCCAAACCACUCAACGCCCUUCAAGAAGUCCAGACCGUCCCUGGACUACGGCGGCUGGAACAAGCAGAGACCCUCCGCUCUGACACAGCCUCCAUUGCAGGGGUUUUCAAACUUGGGCAACACCUGUUACAUGAAUGCCAUCCUGCAGUCGCUGUUCAGUCUCCCGUCCUUCUCUAAUGAUAUGCUGAGGCAGAGCAUUCCAUGGAAGAAGGUGCCCAUCAACGCACUGCUCAGGCGGUUUGCUCACCUCAUGGUAAAAAAGGACGUGGGUUGUUCAGAGACAAAAAAGGACCUGCUGAGGAAAGUCAAAAAUGCCAUCUCCUCCACCGCUGAGCGUUUCUCAGGAAAUGCACAGAAUGAUGCUCACGAGUUCCUGAGUCAGUGUCUGGACCAGCUGAAGGACGAUGUCGAGAGGAUGAACAAAAGCUGGACGAACGAAGCCACAGCGUCCUCGUCCCCUUCGCGGUCUUCUGAGAUUGCUCCCGAUCAGGCAGCAAAGCUGGAGCCCGGCGAUGAGGUGGAUACGUCUCGUGUCUACACGUGUCCAGUGGCUGUCAACAUGGAGUUUGAAGUGCAACACACCAUCACCUGCAAAUGUUGUGGCGAGGUGGUGACCAAGAGAGAGCAAUUCAAUGACUUGUCCAUCGACCUGCCACGGCGAAAGAAGACGUUGCCGCUGCGCUCCAUCCAGGACUCUCUGGACCUCUUCUUUCGGAUGGAGGAAAUUGAAUAUUCGUGUGAAAAGUGCAACGGAAAAGCAGCGACUGUUACUCAUAAAUUCAGCAAGCUACCCAGGGUUCUGAUCCUUCACCUGAAGCGCUACAGCUUUAAUGCCCAGCUCUCCAUGAACAGUAAACUGGGCCAGCAGGUGGUGAUACCACGCUACCUGACCUUGCUUUCCCACUGCACAGAGUCCACGCGGCCCCCCAUCACCCUUGGCUGGAGCUCACAGGCUUCCAUGUCCAGAGCGCUCAAGUCAUCAACACUUUCCAACUCCACGUCAGCUCCUCCACGGCGAGUCGGCGGGAAGACUGCCAACACUAUUCUCCUGGACUCCGACAGCGAGGAGGAACCGACCAGAAAAGGCAACACAACGCGAAGACGACAGCUCAGCAGUUGUCUGUCUGAAGAUGGCGACCGACCAGAAGAGAAGGGAGCCGUGAUGGAUCCUGCUGACUUCAGCGGCAUCAACGACGACGAAAUGUUGGUGGCAGUGUUGGAGAUGAGUCGCCAAGAGGCAGCGCUGUCUGCACCGGCUUCGCUUGACGACGAGCCCACCAGCAGCCCAGACACUGGGUUUGGAGACGCAGAUGCUCACGACCUGGCGUAUCACGCUGAGCUGAUGGACCCUGACAGCAAGCAGCCUGCGGAUGGGCUCAACUCCCUGGAUUUGACCAUGGAUGAAAAUAAAGAGAACCAGACUCCCGAGGGGCCCGGCCAGCAGGGGGAGCUGGACUGGGUUCAGCAGUACCGACUGGAUCAGGAGAGGGAGGAGCAGGAGCUGCAGCAGGCGCUGGCUCAAAGUCUGCAAGAGCAUGAGGCUCAGGAAAUGAGGGAGGACGACGACCUGAAGAGGGCGACGGAACUCAGCCUGCAAGAGUUCAACAACUCCCUGCCUGACCUCCUGUGCUCGGAUGAAGACUCUGGGAACGAGGAGCUGCUGGACAUGGAAUACACCGAGGCGGAGACGGAGAGCCUGAAGAGGAACGCAGAGAAUGGCGACCUGUCCAACUCCUUCCGUCUCAUCAGUGUGGUCAGUCACAUUGGCAGCAGCUCGUCCUCUGGUCACUACAUCAGCGACGUGUACGACAUGAAGAAGCAGUCGUGGCUGACCUACAACGACCUGGAUGUGUCUCGCACGCACGAGUCAGCUGUCCAGAGCGACCGGGACCGCAGCGGCUACAUCUUCUUCUACAUGCACAAGGACGUGUUUGAGCAGCUGUCAGAGAUGGAGAGAACCGGAGCUUCUGCAGAGGUGGGAAGGAGCGUCCUGCAGCCCCUCUGAGCCUCCACAAGAGUCUCUCCUGUUGGCGUGUAACUACUGAUGCCCCAGUGGUCUGGUGCUCCUUCACAGCGUCAGCACGGCGGCAAACUUCCAUCAGUUUUCCUUUGUGUUGAUUUGUCUUUGGCUCACUGCAAACCCUUUAUUUCAACUAAAGACAUGUAAAUAUGGGUCAUAAUCUAAUUUCUAGAAGGUUCUAUUGUGUUUGGUGGUUCGGUGCAAUAUUCAUGUUGAUUGAAAGUGGCCGCUUCUGCGCGCGCGCGUGUGUAGCAUCGUCAGGUUCUCUAAAAAGCAGUCGGAUACUGAACCAGGUGUGUGUUUCUACUGGCUGCUGUGUGCCUCCUAUAGAAAAUCAAGUUUUAUAAAUGUUGUAUAUGAGCUUUACUUUGUUGCACAAGCGUUUCUGAAUGUUUUGUCAGAUUAGACUUCUUUUCUAUUUAUUCGAGUGGAAGUUCCGCAAGGCGACCUUGCAGAUGGACUUGUGCCGACUUGCCGUUUUGUUGCUUUACUGUAAGAAAAUGCACAGCUGAAACCCGAAUCAUCACUUUGUGCUGACACGGCAAAAAAAUGAGACCCUUUUUUUACCCCCCUUCACUUCUUUCAGUAAAAUUUUAAUAAAGUUAAAAGGUGAAAUGAAGACUUGGUUCU